UAUAAAUUAAUACUAAUUAAUAAUUUCUUAUAAAAUCUGAAAAUAUUAAAAAUUAGUAAGCAUCAUAAUAUAUUUAUUUUAAGGUUUACUUUUUAUUUGGAGUUGAAUCUGUCAAUACUCAAAAUAGACUGUAAUUGACUUUCUAAUUCAUGUUAGGUGAAUGAAGUUGAAUAAUUCAACUUCUAUUUUCCUCACAUUUGCCUACCAUUGCCCUCCUUUCUAAACCUAUCCAUGCAAAGUUAAAAUCUUACAGAAUUGCUUCGGGAACUUCACUGAAACCUGUAUAAAGUUUUAGUGAAAUUUCACCAAACCUGCAGAAACUUCACCAAACUUUACUUUUUCUAACAGUGCCAAACAAAGCACAAGAAAUUUGCAUAAAAUAUAAGCAAUCACCAUUUUUAAAUGCCUCUAAACUUCUCUCUACUUUCUCUCACUUAAAGCCAACACUUGUUUUCAAUUAUCAGCCAUUAGUGAUGAUGGCUGCUGUUGCUGCUUCUUCUGCAAUAACAACUAUUCAAUCAAAGAAAUACGACGUAUUCAUUAGUUUCAGAGGUACUGAUAUUCGAGAUGGAUUUCUAAGCCAUCUUCACCAAUCACUGCUUCAAAACCAAGUCAAUGCUUUUGUGGAUGACAAUCUUGAGAGAGGAAAAGAAAUCACAUCAUCUCUAUUGCAAAUAAUUGAAAAAUCAUAUGUUUCGCUUGUCAUUUUCUCCACAAAUUAUGCAGAUUCUUCAUGGUGUUUAGAUGAGCUUGUGAAAAUACUUGAAUGUCAACAAAACAAGGGGCAGAUCGUGUUGCCGAUCUUUUACCGUGUGGAUCCAAGUCAUGUUCAAGAGCUGACUGGGAGUUAUGGAGACGCAUUUGAUAAGCAUAGACAAGAAUUCAGCGACUGUUUGGAAAAGGUCAAGAAUUGGAGUUCUGCUUUGAUGCAAAUUUCCAACUUAGCGGGCUGGGAUUCACGGAUUACUAAGCCUGAGUCUAAGCUGAUCAAAGAAAUUGUCACUUAUGUUUUGGAGAAAUUAGAUCAUGCAACUCCAAGGGAUUUCUGCAAUGAUGGCCUAGUUGGGAUUGAUCCACGUAUUAAGGACGUCUGUUCAUUGUUGUGCCUCGAGUCAAAAGACUUUCGAGUUAUUGGGAUUUGGGGAAUGGGUGGUAUAGGGAAAUCCACUCUUGUUCAUAAGCUCUAUAGUCAAAUCUAUAACCAAUUCCCAUGUCGGUGCUUUGUUGCAAAUGUAAGGGAGAGAUUAGAAAACUCUACCAAGGAUAGUCUACAAAGUGAAAUUCUUUCUGCAAUACUAGGCAAAGAAAAUCCAAAUACAGGAAUGCCCAUCAUGUUGAACUCCUAUGUACGGAGACGGCUCUCCCAAGAAAAAAUGCUUAUCGUUCUUGAUGAUGUGAGUGAUUUGGAUCAAAUAGAAUGCUUAGUAGGAAAUGAUGUUAUGUAUGGUUCAGGCAGUAGAAUCAUUAUAACAAGCAGGGAUAAGCAAUUGCUCAAGAAUUUGGAUGCCAUAAUAUAUGAAGUUAAGAAAUUAAACUCCUAUGAAGCUCUCCAGCUCUUUAGCUUGCAUGCCUUCAAAGAAAAUUCUGUGAAGAAAGAAUACAUGGAGCAGUCACGCAUGGCGAUUGAUUAUGCUCAAGGCAUUCCGUUAGCUCUUAAAGUACUAGGGUCCAAUUUGUAUGGUAAGAGUAUACAAAUAUGGGAAGAUGAGUUGGAGAAACUUAAAAGUUCUUCUAAUAAAAAAGUUUUAAAAAUUUUAAGAAUAUGUUACGACGGACUAGAUGAGAAAGAAAAGGAUAUAUUUCUUGAUAUCGCGUGUUUUUUUAAAGGACAUGACAGAGAUAGUGUGACAAAUAUAUUAAAUGGCUGUGGUUUCUUUGCAAAAUCUGGAAUAAGCCUUCUCCAUGAUAAGUCCCUGGUAACAAUUACAAGUGACAACAAGUUAGGCAUGCACGACUUGUUACAGAAAAUGGGGAAAGACAUUGUUUCAGAAGAGAAAGAACUCGGUAGACGUAGCAGGCUGUGGAAUCCCAAAGAUAUAUGUAAACUAUUGGCAAGAGAUAUGGGAACUACAAGUGUAGAAGGCAUUUUAUUAGACAUUUCCCAGAUCAGAUAUCUGGAUUUAAGUUCUACAGUGUUUGCAAAGCUGUGCAAUCUGAGAAUUCUUAAAUUUUACAAGAAGAAUUGCUAUGGUAACAACAAAAUACACCUUCCUGGAGGCCUUGAAUAUUUUCCUGAUGACUUAAGAUUUCUCCAGUGGGAUCAUUAUCCUUUAAAAUGCUUGCCAUUACAAGGCUGUCUCGACAAUCUUGUUGAACUCCACAUGCCCAAAAGCCAAAUCAAGCACCUGUGGACUGAAAAUCAGACACUUCCAAAUUUAAAGGUUAUUAACCUCCGAGACUCUCUGGACCUUGUCCAUAUUCCUGACCUGUCUACAGUCCCGAACCUUGAGGUUUUACGUUUGUCCCAGUGUACGAGUUUGGUUGAGAUUCCAAUAUCUAUCCAAAAUCUAAGCAAGCUGACUCGAUUGGAACUGUCAAGGUGCAGAAGUCUUCAUAGUUUGCCGAGCUGCCUUCCUUCGAGCAUAACAGGCCUAUAUUUGAAUGGAACUCCAAUAAAGCAAUUACCUUCAUCAAUUGGAUCUCUCUCUCAUCUUAUUCGUCUAGUAAAUCUUCCAUCAAGACAGUUGGAGAGUAUUCCAAGUAGCAUUGGUCAGUUGACAUGUCUCCGAUACUUCUCGUUGAUUGGAUGCUCAAAAUUGGCAAGUCUUCCUGACACCAUUUGCAAUCUGAAAUCACUUGCACAACUUUCUUUGAUGAGUUGUGUGAUUCUAAAUGAAUUACCAGAGAACUUGGGAAAUUUAGAAUCUUUGGAAAAAUUAUUUAUAAUAAAUAGCAGUAUAAAGAAGUUGCCAUCUUCGAUCAAUCAGUUGAGGCAAUUGAGAAGUUUAUAUUGUUCCAAAUUUAAAGGUUUAGUAGUGCCUUCUUUGAUAGAUUUGCCAUGCCUAACAAAUGCUCAUCUUAGUUACUGUGAAUUCUUAGAAUUUCCCAGCAGCCUUUGCUCUCUUAAGUCGUUGGAAAAAUUAGUUUUGGAUGGAAAUGAUUUUGAGAUCAUACCUGCAAGCAUCACCCAGCUUUGUAAUUUGACUUUACUUAGUGUAAAAGAUUGCAAAAGACUUCAAUGUAUACUAGAUCUUCCAUCGUCUUUGGAUGAUUUAUGUGCAAGAAACUGCAUGUCUCUGGUAUCAGCAUCAACUUCAUUCCUAACAACAGCAAUGACGGAGCGGCGUUCAUUAGGCAUUUUAGAUUUUGGCAAUUGCAUCAAAUUAACUGAGGCAGCUUGUGAUAAAAUUAUGGAUGAUGUAUUGACUACAUAUCAGGACAACGAUGGAGUUCAGGCGUUAUAUAUUGCCGGAAGUGAUCUGCUGCAGAGGAUGAGGCAUCAAAAUGAUAGCGGAACUUAUUUGUCGUUUAAUCUGGGGCGGCAUGACCUGAUCGGUCUCUCUUUUUGUGUUGUUGUAUCAGCUAAAGUAUAUCCUCAUCAUGGAUUAUUUGACAUUGGAUGUACAGCAACUUUUACAGAUGAUUUUGGACAUUGCUUUGAUGAAACUUUCUUUUUGUUUGGAGAUGAAGGUCGUGAAAUGGAUUUUCAAUCGGACACUGUAUUCCUUUGGCAUGAAGGAUUCGUUGAUUUCUACUCCGGGCACCGUUUCAACAAGGUUUUUUUACGACUCUUCCUUAAAUAUUCAACCGAUGGGGCAAUGAUAAGCAAGUGCAGUUUUAAUCCAACAUUCAACCUAGGCAAAAGGAGGAAAGAUGAGGAAGAUGAGAAUUAUGAGAUGGAUAUGGAAGAGGAAUCUCCUUGUAAGAGAUUUAAGGAGAGCCAAGAACUGACUGAGGUCAUUGUAAAACUCUCGCAUUGUUUCUUAAAUAAUGAAAAUGAGGACGAUGAACCUCCCGUUCGACAAGGGAAUUAAGGAGACACGAGAGUUGAAAUGUCCCGAUCUUAACGCCUUUCUUGCUGUUGUAUUGAUGGUAAAUACAUGUCUAGCUACCUCGACCCGAGCUCAACUUCAGAAGACAGAUAUUGUCACUGUCUGUUUGAAGUUGCUUUCUUUUGCAUCUUCUCUAUCUCUACGUCGAUUUGCUCUCUCUUUAACUCGCUCGUAAGUCGCACUUCUUGGUCGUUCACUGCCAUAAUCUUUGUAACCUCAUGAACUCAUACGUUAGCUUGUUUCUACUGAAAGGUUGCUCGUGAAUCACAGCAUUUUGUA